AUGGUGGAGCCGGAACUGCAACAUGCUCACCGAUUGUCGGCUGACAAACAAAUCGUCUCGAAGGCUGAGAUUCCUUUGAAAGAACGUUUCUUCCCUUACUUUCAACGUGAAAUCACUGCCUUGCAGGAGAAGAUGGAUGGUUUCGCUCAUGAAUCGCUAGUCGAUAGUGAGCGUGCUGAAGUCACAGAUCACUGUUUAGCCGGAAUCGUGUGGCUAUCCAAUGAGGUCAAUGAUGCAGCGAGCUACAUUCCUACAUAUGGUCAGAGGGUCUAUGCAGAGGUGCGCAGAGUUAACAAUAUCACUGCAUGGGGAAGUUGCUCUUACCUCGUCAAGGCAAUCAAAGCCCUGCAGGAGAAACUGAAUGAGACGCGUACUGUAUUCGAACCUCAGUCUCAAUUAAGCUUCAAGACCAAGCAGAAUGCCCCCUCCAUCUCUCUCUCCGACGUCGCUACUUUGGCCACUGAAGGCUGUCGCAGUAUCCCAGGCGACCGCUCCCCAGAGCACAGUAUAAUUGUGGUUUCAUGUCGCCAAUUCCACAUGCACAACUGUACCGACGAUGACGUCUACAUCAGCUGCUCGAGCAAUCCCAUCAUCGAAGAAUGUUCCAAUGUCCGACUUGGCCGUAUACCAAAGGCAUACGCCCUGAACCAUGACCACCUUGAUAACCAAGACCACUGGAAUGAGGUUGAAGAUUUCAAAUGGAUUAGGCCUGAGCCCAGCCGGAACUGGAGUCUUCUGGGCCCUGGCGAUGUGGUUCCGGAGGAAGUCUGGGCCGAGAUCGUUCCCGGUGGACCGGGGUGGUCCCUGGAGGAUAUCCUUCAUGCCAUCAGAUUGGUGAAGACAUGA